CCCCCUCCACCUGGGCGGAGCCGGCGCGGGAUCCGGGUGUCAGUGUUGGCAGCGGCGGUGGCUGUGGGGCGAGGGUCGCAGCCCUGUGCGGGCCGUAGCAACUUCGUGGGCGGAUCCUGGUGUGCGAGGCGGGACCCGAGAUCCCACCAAGAUGGCGUCCGCUAGUGAGCCCCCGGCUAGCCCAAGGGAUGCUGCUGACCAGAACUUUGACUACAUGUUCAAACUGCUCUUGAUUGGCAACAGCAGCGUGGGCAAGACCUCCUUCCUGUUCCGCUAUGCCGACGACUCCUUCACCCCUGCCUUCGUGAGCACAGUGGGCAUCGACUUCAAGGUCAAGACAGUCUAUCGACACGACAAGAGGAUCAAGCUGCAGAUUUGGGAUACAGCAGGCCAAGAGCGUUACCGGACAAUCACUACAGCCUACUACCGCGGGGCCAUGGGCUUCCUGCUCAUGUAUGACAUCGCCAACCAGGAGUCCUUCACCGCUGUGCAGGACUGGGCUACGCAGAUCAAAACCUAUUCCUGGGACAACGCCCAGGUCAUUCUCGUGGGGAACAAGUGUGACCUGGAGGACGAACGGGUGGUACCUGCUGAGGACGGCCGGAGGCUCGCUGAUGAUCUUGGUUUUGAGUUCUUUGAGGCCAGCGCCAAGGAGAACAUCAAUGUGAAGCAGGUGUUCGAGCGCCUGGUGGACAUCAUCUGUGACAAGAUGAAUGAAUCCCUGGAACCCAGCUCCAGCCCAGGCACCAAUGGAAAAGGCCCGGCCCUUGGGGAUACCCCACCCCCACAGCCAAGCGGCUGCAGCUGUUAAGUUCGGCCCCUGACUGCCCCACACCUGUCCCUUCUUGCCUCUUCAAGGACAGCAGCCACAGUGUGAGCUAUGGGGACUGUCUGUCAGCUCAGGGCACCCUUGCCUCUGCUCCACUUCCCCCUCCUCUUGCACAAGCUCAUCUCCUUUUCUCUCCAUGUCAGGAUGCUCAGACAGUCCACACACCCUGGGGCUCUGCUCAGCAUUGUCUGAGGGGUUGGGACGCCCACACAGGUGCUUACUGCUUCUUAAGGUAUUUUGAUGGAGGUAGCUGAAGACAGCAUCGCCUUCCCCAAGUGAUGGAGGGGUUGUCCUUGCCUUCUGCCUUAGAACCAUUGCCCAGGUCCACUCUUCGUAAUUGUGGGCUGAAGAUGUCACCUGGUGUGGGACUUAGUCCUGGCAGCCUCUCUGUCUCAGGUUCACCAGUUUGGCCUUGAAGCCUGCCUGCAAACUGACUGCUAGCCAAGGAUACAGGCAGGUCUGCCGUCUCCAUCCUCUGCCUCCCUGGCAUCCCCCAGAAAGCCUGUUUUCUGGUUAUAGAAGGGACAGAGUCAGAGCCACCCUGGCACUGGGGACUCCCCAAAGUGCCUUCCAAGCUUUCCCUGAGUCUAUACCACUCAUUGUGGGUUCAUCUACUUCCAGAAUUAAAUUUUGGAAUAUUCCAGGCCCUGUCACAUGGAGACUGAGAACUGCCCACCCUCAGCAGUCCAGCUUUCUGUCAGUUCACCUCAAAGCCAGGGAACUGAGGCUGCCUGCCCAGGUCCCCAUCUGUCCGCCUGGUGGGGUUUUAAGCAAGAGCUUUUUACAACUCUUACAUCCUGUGUAGAAACGGAAGUGAAGAAAGAAGCCCACAGAGGGCGUGCCCUUGCCGGUCAGUUUCUCAUGACAGGAUUUGGGCUUCUUCACCUGAGGACUCUUGGAUAGACCCAGGGUUGGCAUCAUGACCACCAUCAGUUGGCCAGGGACAGUGGGAUGGUGGGGAAGGAUUGGGGAGAAGGCAUCAGUGGACAACCCAGUGUUUUUGUUUGUACGUCAUGGGAGCAACAGGCCCUCCUGUGAAUUAGGGAUGGGCUGCGGGUUGUGGCUGAUGUCUCUACAAAGCUUGAGACAUAGCCCCUAGGAUCCUUGAAUCUCUUCAGCUAGGAGGUCUUUACUCACCGACCAAAACACCAUCUGACAUCUCAUGGUCCAGGUGACAGAUGGUCUGUGUCACGUCAGGGAGUGUACUCCUUCAGUCUUCACAGCCAAACUCACUUUGCAGCCUUAUUGAGCCCAGCAUCCUCCCUGGGGUAUGUAUGACCUGCAGUGCCUGCUUCAGGUUCACAUGCAUUUCUAGCCCCGCCAGUGUCCGUCUUUAUACAGAUUGGACGGGCGAAGUGAGGGUAUCUGAACACUUAGAGGAAACAGUUAAAUAUGUUUAUGUUGCUUUAUCAUUAAAUAGUCAAAACGGUGAAAAUUAUGUUCUUAAGAUUCAGCAACCUGCUGGGUUGGUGAAGAUUUUUGAUCCCAGCACUCUGGAGGCAAAGGAGGUGGAUCUGUGAGUUCCAGGCUAGCCUGGUCUAUAGAACAAGUUCCAGGACACAGAGAAAACUUGUUCUGGAACUAGCUCUCUCUUUUUGGGGGGUUCAAGACAGGGUUUCUCUGUGUAGCCCUGGCUGUCCUGGAACUCAGUCAGUAGACCAGGCUGGCCUCGAACUCAGAAAUCCGCCUGCCUCUACCGGGCUUGGAACUAGCUCUCUUGCUAGCAUCUGCCUACUAUGUUGCACAGGGUCCUGACGUGAAGGCCCAGCACCAUACAAGCUAGGUAGGCAUGUGGUCCAGGGAUGUCAUCCUAGUAGAGGCAGGAGGAUCAGAAGUUUGGGGUCACCUUUGAGUACUAUCUAGGAGGUUUGAGGCCAGCUGUCACAGAAAAAAAAAAAAAAGCCUGUCAAAGAUUCUGUGGACUAGUCAGUCCGUUGUUCCCAAGCAUAGUGGUGCAGAGCCUGCCCUUAGUUAGCUAAGGCCAUUCCUGUCAUUUUGUGUCAACUAAAUCACCUCUGACUGACCUCUGACUGGAUCUUGGACUUAGUCUCAGCUUCCCGUUGAUAGAAGAGUCUCUCUCAGUUCUACUCUGAAUACCAACAGAGGAAACCACUUUGUGGUUUUCUUUCAACUGGGCAUUUAGCUGGUAGAGUGGCUCAUCUGAAAACACUUGCCACCAAGCUCGAUGACCUGAGUUAGAUUUUGGGAUUCAUGAGGUAGAAGAAGAGAAAUGGACUCUUUAAGCCACCCUCUCACCUCCAUGGUGAGCAAGGGUUUAUGCACAGUCAAUGUCAAAGGAAACCUUUUGUGAAAACAGGGUAAUGUGGAAACUUUGUUGUUUCUUCCUCCGAUGAAGGGUGAUUAGAACAUUUUGAUUCUUCCAUUAGGUUUUACCAAGGAUGGGUGAGGGGUCACUAAGUGAACAGAGGCUGCUGUCUGUGCAGAUGGCCAGGAGGGAUGGGAGCCUGUUGGGUUUAUAGACAGAAACAUUGCACAAGGCCUAGGGAAUGCUUCUGCUCUGCAGGAGAAGGCCCAGGAGUAGCCAGCCUCUGGCACCUUACCCCUGUGUCCUCCCAGGGAGCAAUGGCCAUGGCUGCAGUGGUCUGAUGAUCUGGGAUUUUUAGGUUUGGUUUUUUGUUUUUCUUGUUCUUGUCUGUGGGACUCAUGAUGUAGACCAGGCUGGCCUUGAACUCACAAAGAUCCACCUGCCUGUGCCUCCCUAGUGCUGGAAUUAGAGGCAUAUAUAAUUAUGUCUGGCCGAUAUUCCUGCCUUCUACAUGGUAGAAUUGUCACCACCACAUUCUGUUUGAUGCAGUGCUAGGGUUGGAGCCCAGGACUUUCUGCAUGCUAGGCAACAUUCUACCAACUGGGCCUUGGCUCCAUCCUAGUCUCUGUUUCCAAUGGUGAUUCUGCUCCUGGCUCCCUGCUAUCGAUUCUGAAGCAACACUGAAUCAACUCUGGUCUGGUGCUGCCUAUCUUUCCCAUUGUCCAGUCCAGAAAAGAAUGUAUACUUUUUUCCAGUGUAAUAAAAUAAACCAUCAUGCCUGUG